UCUGUUGCUUUGGACUUAAGCAGUAUUAAUCAUGAGUUCACUGUUUUUUGCAAUCACCUUUGGAAGCUUGGCCCCUGUCGGGUCUCCCAUGGUUCGUAAGUGGCUAUUUGCAUCUCAAUGUCAGGAUAGUUGUUUUGCACUAUUGUGUUCUUAGAUGUUUAUGAGCUGAUUUGUCAAGUAGUCUGUUUUAGUCCUUUGGGAAGUCUGUUUUGCUCUUCCAUCAGUGGUUUCCAACUAUUAACGUGCAACUGGUGAAUUCUUUUCCCUGAAAUUCGUACUAGAUGUCAAACCAAGAAUUAAUGAAAGCAAUGAUAGAUCCAACCUCCCUCCUGGAUUAUCAAAUUCAACUAGGUUGCUGUCACAUCGUAUUGUACACCAGUCUAUGCGUCCACAUAUUAACGUGAAGAGUAUUUUGGUGGAUUAGUAAACUUAAUAUAGAGUUCUGGGCCAAAGAAAACAAUGGAGAGGGAAAUUUCUACCUUAUAUGAACCAAAAAGAAACAAUGAAAUUAGGAUUUUUGAGAGUUCAGAUGAGAUGUCAACAGAUCUGGCUGAGUAUAUCUCGCAAGUUUCAGAAAUUUCUGUCAAAGAAAGGGGAUUCUUUGCUAUUGCCCUCUCUGGAGGUCCCCUUGUCAGCCUUUUGGGGAAACUUUGUGAAGCGCCAUACAACAAGACCCUGGAUUGGUCUAAAUGGUACAUCUUCUGGUCUGAUGAGCGCGCUGUAGCAAAGAAUCAUGCAGAAAGUAAUUAUAAGUUAACAAAAGAAGGGUUCCUGUCCAAGGUACCUAUUCUCAAUGGCCAUGUCUACUCUAUAAACGACAACGCCACGGUGGAGGACGCAGCAACUGAUUACGAAUUCGUCAUCAGGCAGCUGGUCAAGAUCCGCACGAUUGGAGUUUCAGAGAGCAACGAUUGCCCCAAGUUCGACCUGAUUCUCCUUGUCAUGGGCUCUGAUGGACAUGUUGCCUCACUGUUCCCCAAUCACCCAGCCCUUGAGCUGAAAGACGACUGGGUCACCUACAUCACUGACUCUCCCCAGCCUCCACCUGAGCGGAUCACCUUCACUCUCCCGGUGAUAAACUCGGCUUCGAACAUCGUGAUAGUCGCUACCGGCGACGACAGAUCGGAGGCCGUCCACUUGGCCAUCUCUGACAAUGCUGAUGCUUCAGACACCCCCUCAUCGCUGCCGGCAAGAAUGGUUCAGCCAACAGACGGCAAGCUGGUGUGGUUCUUGGACAAGGCAGCUGCGUCUUCCCUGGAGGCUGGCAACGAUGAUGCCUUUGGGCAGCAUCAUCGUGAGUACUAACACCAAUCAUCGAAAGAGCAUUCCUUUUUUCCUGUGGAUGAAGAAAGGUGUGUGCGUGUGUAAGUAGGCUGGGUUUGGUAUGAUUAAGAAGUUCAUGGUGUUUGCCUUCCCGUUUAGCAGAAUGCUUGUGGCAUUUAGUUUUUGUGGAGGGUUCGUUCAGGGAGAGCAUUGAGGUGUGUUUUGUUCCUUUUUGGCAAAUUGGAGAUGGUUUUAGAGCGAAGAGGAUGUGUGUCUGGUGUUGAGAACCUAAACUGAAAACACCAAAUUUGAUUAGUGGUGGUAUGAUAUUAUUUGUUGCA